AUGGACUCCCAAUCUCUCGUCAACUGGCAUAGUGGCCUGUGUGACUGCUUUGAAAGUGCCAGUACCUGCUGCUAUGGUUUCUGGUGUUGCCCUUGCCUGGCCUGCACAGUUGCAGGCAAAUAUGGAGAGAACCGCUGUCUCCCAUUGUGCGAUGUCUUUGCCCCUGCUGCUUUUGCAUCUUGCGGGAUCCCUUGCUUUGUGCCACCAGCAGUCCUGUCUCUAAGAGCAUCCAUGCGAGGCAGAUACGGUAUCAAGGGCAACCUCUGUAAGGACAUCCUUGCUUCCUGUUUCUGUGUUUGGUGCAGCUGGUGUCAGAUGCAUCGUGAGAUUAAACACCGAAGCAAAACGCCAGUUGUCCUUAAUGUACACAACCAAACUAUUGUGCAUCAGCCUGCUCCUAUAGUAAUGAUGCAGCCCGCCCCAGCACCUCAGAUUGUAAUGAUGGACCCCAACCCAGCACCUCCUUACUAUCCUCCUCAAAAAUAA